UUAAAAUUCAUAUAUACUUAGUAGUAUAUUGUUUGUAGUAUCAACAUCACUUAAGUAUUUCUUUAAAAAGUUAUAACAAAUUUUAGAAUGCAUUGGCAAAUUUAUAUCGAAUUGUUUUUUGGUGUUGUUUACCUAUUAUGCAAACCAAUUAGAAGUUAUCCUAAACCGGCUAGAGGCACAAUAGACAGACUUGCAUGGGCAUUUAACGAAUAUGUAACAUAUGAUGAUGAACUAUCAAUGGAAGAAAAAAUAAAAAAAGAAAGGGCUAGAGAAGUAUUAUUAAUGACGAAUAAUGAGACUUCUUUUGAAGCACUAAAUAUUAACAAGAUCUAUAAAAUACCUGAAGAAAUGAAACAAAUAACUGAGAAAAUUUUUCUAGAGUCAAAAUUCAUUUAUACCAUUAGAGAACUAUUGGGGAACUUGAAUGAAAUUAAAGACAAGGAAAAAAAUAUAUGCGAGAAAGCAAAAGAAAUAGAACAAAAAUUGAACAAAUUCAAUAAAAAUGAAUAUGUUAGCCUUAGUAUUUUCGCACAAAUUUUGACCGAUACGUAUGUCAAUAUUCCAAACAAAAUGGUGGGCUUAUUUGCAAAAUUGUCUAAAAAAUUUUAUGUAAAAGAUUUAAGUCGUACUGGAAAAGUGUCUAUAAAAGAUUUUGAAGAAGUCUUAAAUACAAUUCUCAUGAACAAUGAUAUCGUAAAAGAUAUAUUAAAAUCGUUUGAAAAUAUAAAUGAAGUGUUUUAUGAAGCAUGGUUAUUGAAAAAAAGAAUAGAUGUAAAUGAUAUAACAUUAUCACGGGGCAUAAUGCAAUUAACCUACAAGGUAGAUAGCAGUGAGACAUGUUAUGACACAGAUAAUGAAUAUUACUAAAAAUAUAUGAUCUUUACAUUUGGUCAUUAUAAUUAUCAAAUUGUUUUAAGCUUAUAAACUAAAAUAAUAAUAAAUUAAUAUUAUUAAGAAUUUGUUUUUAUAUUAAUUAAUAUAUUUUCAACUAAUUUGAAAAAUAUUUAAAAAUCAAAUAAAAGUAAAAUAAUUA